AUGAGAGGAGGAGUUGUUUUUCCAACUUUGUGGGGUUACAUCCAUGAACGGUUCAAUGCACCAUCAUACAUGCUUGGAAUCAUCAUUUCAGCUUUCAGUUUCUCAGGGCUUUUUUCUAACCCAUUUAUUGGUUUAUGGGCAGAUUACAGCCAGAAUACUAAGUUUAUUUUGCUUGUGACAAACAUAGGUGAAAUUGUUGGAAGUUUUAUGUAUUUCUUGGGUAUUUCAAGCUGGUUUCUUGUAUUCAGCCGACUCAUUGCGGGUAUUGGAUCUGGUGCUGGAGCAGCAGUUUUUGCAGACAUUACUCGAUCAACAUCUGAAGAAGAGCGAACUCCCAUCAUUUCGUCAGUUGUCCUGUGUCGUCAGAUUGGUCUUCUGUUUGGUCCUGCUAUGAACUUCUUCUUAAGAAAGUUUGACUUCUAUAUUGGUUCUUUUCCAUUAGACAAAUAUACAUCUCCUGGGCUCUUCAUGUCUUUCCUGUGGUUAGUGAUGGAAUUCAUUUUCUUAAUAAUGUAUCAUAAUCUCACAACUCUCAACCAUGAAGAAGAUAUUGAGGAACAACUGUGCUACAACCAGAAAACUGAGGGCAGUGAUUGUUACUCAGUCUCUGCCAAACAUAGAAUUAUAAGAUCAGUGAGCCUGUCAUCAUCUCCUCCACUGGCACCUUUUCUUGACACUUUGUAUUCUGGCUAUGAUGAUAUUGUUGGGUUCAGUGACAAGGUAAAUGAAGCUGAAGGAAUCACAGAAGAACAGAAUGUAAAUGAAAUUUGUAAAAAUCCAGAACCAUCAAGUUCCUGGACAGGUACGUGA